AUAGAACAGCCGAAGGUCCGGCCCGCGGGCCGUAGUUUGCCCACGGCAGGGCCAGAGGGAACUAGGUGAGCAACUCAAAUGUCAUAACCCAGGGUCAUGGGAACAGAAAGUUUAAUUUUCGUCCUUUAUUAACCUGUUUUGCGGGCCGUAUAUUCUGAGAUUAAUCAUUCUUGAGUCCCAGGCCCGGAUUCGGAAGCAUGAAGCGUCGUGAGAGCGGUGUCCGCACGUGGUCUGGUGGGAGCCAGCUUCCCGCAUCUGGUUGCGCUGCUACCGAGGUAUCGCGAGAGCCCGGGGGCGGCCCCGCCCCUGGCGCGUGAGGUCGUCCUGGCAGGCGGUUUGGGAGGCGCGCGCUUGGGCCGGCUGCGCCGAGGGCGCGGGGCUCCCGGGCUCUGGGCUUCCCCCCACCCCCACCGCUGUGGGCAGACGCGCUAUGGCGUUUCCAAGGUGACGCUGCGCAGAGCGACUUUCUCCGGGGGCGGAGAAAACACCUAUGAACCCUUCAGUGACCUUCCUCGCCGGGCGCCAGAACAUCGGGUCAGAGGUUGAGAUUUCCACUAUCGAGAAACAACGGAAAGAGCUGCAGCUGCUCAUUGGAGAACUGAAAGAUCGAGACAAAGAGCUCAAUGAAAUGGUUGCAGUACACCAGAGACAACUUCUGUCGUGGGAGGAGGAUCGGCAGAAGGUGUUGACUUUGGAAGAGCGUUGCAGCAAAUUGGAAGGUGAACUACAUAAAAGAACUGAAAUAAUCCGGUCACUCACAAAGAAGGUAAAAACGCUAGAAUCUAGUCAGACGGAAUGCCAGACAGCUCUGCAGAAGACUCAGCUCCAGCUUCAGGAAAUGGCUCAGAAGGCAACCCAUUCCUCUCUCCUCUCUGAAGACCUGGAGGCUAGAAACGAAAAUCUCAGCAAUACGUUAGUGGAACUUUCUGCUCAGGUAGGACAGCUACAGGCUCGAGAACAGUCUCUCACUACAAUGAUAAAGCUAAAGGACAAAGAUAUUAUUGAGGCAGUCAAUCACAUUGCAGACUGUUCGGGGAAAUUUAAAUUGCUAGAGCAAGCCUUGCGCGACGCCAAGAUGGUGGAGACAUGUAUCGUGAAAGAAAAGCAAGACUAUAAGCAGAAAUUGAAGACCUUUAAGAUUGAAAUCAAUAAACUAAAAGAGGAUCUAAAUGAAAAGACAACAGAGAAUAAUGAACAACGAGAAGAGAUCAUUCGCCUCAAGCAAGAGAAGAGUUGCCUGCACGAUGAAUUGGUUUUUACUGCAGAGAGAGAGAAAAGGAAAGAUGAGUUGCUUGAUAUUGCGAAGUCAAAGCAAGAACGAACAAAUGCAGAACUGCAUAGUCUGAGACAGAUUUACGUAAAACAACAGAGUGAUCUACAGUUUUUGAAUUUCAAUGUGGAAAAUUCUCAGGAGUUAAUACACAUAUAUAACUCAAAGAUGGAGGAAUCCAAGGCCCUGGAGUCCAGCAGAGACAUGUGUUUAUCUGACCUUGAAAAUUACCACCCAAAAGUCGAUAUUAAGGAGAAAUAUCAGAAGUCACUGGUUAAGGACCAAAAAUUUGAGACCAUGUUUGUUCAGCAAAAUAGGUCGGACAAGAGCUCUUGUGAAGUGUGCAAAGAGAAGAAGCUCCAGGUUAAUACUUCAUUUGGGGGAAAAAGUGUCAUUGCUGUUUCAUCUCUGUUUGCAAAAGACUUAACGGAGAAACAAAAGUCUUGGUCUCUGGGAGGAAAACUCCAGUUUGAACCCGAAAAUAAAAGUACAUUGUGCCAGAGCCACGCAAAAUCCCCCAAAGGUAAUGGUCUCGGGAUUCAGAUGGAAGAGAACCAGCUCUCAGACACACUGGCUUCACCUGAUGAGAAGCCCUGGCAUGAUGUCAGCGUUUACCUGGGCCUGGCUGACUGCUCCGGUUCAAAACGGCCCGAGAAGCUGGACGCCGAAUGCCAAGACCCCCUGGACAGAUCGGGCUUCUCCUGUUGCCAGAGAAGCGAAGCCUGUCCGGGCGAGAACGACACAUGUGAGCUCAGGUGCUGCCACCCGAGCAACUUCAUCGUCGAGGCCCCGGGCCAGAUGUCCGACGUGGAGUGGGUGAGCAUCUUCAAGCCUUCCAAACUGCAGAGAAUCGUUCGCCACAAGUCCGUGUGCACUUGUGCGGAAGGUGCCAGUGGAACAAAGCACAACUCCACGAGCGAGCUCAUUGCCAUCCAGCAUUCCCACUGUGUGGGUGCUGCCAUAAGAGAGGAGGAGAAGUUGCUGGAGACAGAGUCCCCUUCUGAGAAAAGGAAUUCACCUAGGAUUUUGUUCGGGUGCAAAGAUGCAGCGUUGCCCAGUGAAAAGGACGAUUUUUCUCCCACCAGCAAGCUUCAGCGUUUGCUGGCAGAAUCUCGCCAGAUGGUCACGGACCUGGAGUUGAGCACUCUGCUCCCCAUCAGCUCUGAGAAUGCCAACGGCGCUGCCAAGAAGAACUUAGAAGCCUCAGAAGAGUCAGCUCAAAAGAACGGCUCUCAGUAAUAGAAGAAAACAAAAGUCCACUUCAAUAUUCAAUAUUCGUGGAAGCUGGUCUCUCAUCUAUGCAGAAGGUAGGAAGCAGACAUCAAUACCUAGUACUUAACCUUGAAAACAAAAAGAGGAUUGUAAUCCCCGCAGAAGCAGUGAUUUCACACCAAAGGGGAGCAGAAACUGAAAGUCAAUUUUUAAACACCUGUAUUUUGUUUGUUUUCAAGUUAACAAUUUGCAUGUGUCAAAUAUUUUUCACGUGUAAGAAAUUAGAACUUAUUCUCUAUUGGAGAUACACAAACUUGGGAUUAUGCUAAAAGAGAAAAAGACCCCCCUGCAUUAUAACCAGUAGCUUAUUAGAAGUCAGCUCCAACUAUAUGAGAAAUAGCAUUCUCUUUUCUUGUGGUUUCAGCUCUGGACAUGGCUGUGUAAACAGACAUAAAAUGAUAUGUAGUUGUCUCAUCGGCUCACACAAACAACAGCUUGCCGAAAGAUCAAGUUUUAUAUGCAUUUAAAAAAAUAUAUAUUAAAGUCUAAAACACUUCCAUUUUAACUUGUAAUUUAUUUUUUUUUUUAAAUAUACUAUGUGCUUCUCUGUUCUUCUGUGAGAAUUGAUCAGCUUCAGUCAAUAAAAAUAUUUUUAAUAAUAA